CCUAGGUUUUGAGAAAGACCCGGUUCCCCACCCCUGCGAUACAGGGAGAAAUGUUCAAGGGGGAGGGGCUCUAAGCUUGCUUGGCUCUCGCCAGACCCUCGUAGCCUAUAUAUGCGCAGGACAAAAGAAGAGAGGAGAGAAGAUAGUUUGUGUCUGCCUCAGUUGGACUAGGACUCAAUUAGUUACCUUCCUAUAGGGCUAUACCAGACUCGAUUUGACUUCAUCCACCCGGGCAUCAAAUAGGACAUCACCUGUCAAACUGUCAGAUUAGCAAGAGGAGUUCAUCAUGCAAGACUGCAUCAUGUUGAACUCAACUGGCUGCAAGGAAGAUGUGUCAUGUGGCGAAGUGGCCAGGGUGGUCAUCAAUGUCGGAGGAGUGCGGAACGAGGUGUACAAAACUACUCUCGAGACCAUCUCAGGCACGCGUUUGGCAAAAUUAGUCUCCGGCAACAGAUGUGACGCUGAGUUUUUCUUCGAUAGAAACCCUGCUGCGUUCGCCCAUAUCCUAAAUUACUACCGCACUGGGAAGCUGUGCUGUGCGGGGGAUGUGUGUGGCGCUUCGUUCGGAGAGGAGCUCGCCUACUGGGGCAUCCGUGAAAGCGAUGUGGAACUUUGUUGCUGCACGACAUUGAAACGGUAUCAGGAUGCACAGGAGGCGGUGGUCCUGUCCGAGCAGAAUGGACAAGCCCCAGCGCAGGGGCAGGGGACGAUGGCAAAGAUUUGGGCUGUGUUUGACGCUCCCCACUCAUCCCCAGCUGCCAUGAUCUUGGCUGUGAUUUCCACGCUGUUCAUCCUUGUUGCCGUGACAGCACAGUCUGUGGAGUCUGUCUACCAGGAGGUCAUAUUCGUCCCAAUAAAUAUCACCGUGGCCAAUGGUAGAAGAUUUGAUGAGUUGGUUGAGGACGAGUUGGUGCUUUUACAAAUUACGCCCGCCAAAUUCUGGAUCAUCGAGUUGCUCUGUGUCUUCUGGUUCACCUUAGAGUUCUUGGUCCGGCUGGUGUGUUGCCCCAGUAAGCUGGAUUUCCUCCGCAGCCCCUUGAACUUUGUGGACCUCGUGGCCAUCCUCCCCUUCUACAUGAACCUGUGUUUGUACGAGCAUGGCAGACGCCAGCUGACGGCCAUGAGGACCCCAAUGACAGCCUUCGUCAGCAGUCUGCGUGCGGCCCGGGUCAUACGCCUGCUGCGGGUCUACAAGAUGAUGCCACCCAAUGCCGGCCUGAGCCUCCGGGCGCUGGGGCUGGCGCUGCGUGCCAGCAUGCGAGAGUUCUGUCUCCUGGGCAUUGCCUUCUUUGUGGCCCUUGGGUUUUAUGCCACCUUGAUCUUUUACGUCGAACACAGGAGUCUGGAAUACACAUACUUCAAAAAUAUUCCAUUUUCGUUUUGGUGGGCGGUGAUAACCAUGACAAGUGUAGGGUAUGGCGACAUGUAUCCUGAGCACUGGGGCCCCAUGGUGGUCGGCAUGCUGUGUGCUGUGACGGGACUGCUAGUAGUGGUCGUGCCCAUUCCCAUUCUCCUCUACAACUUCUCCAAGUAUUACGCCCUGCUCGACGCCAAGCAGACACAAACUGUGAAGGGGAGCAUGUAGGAUGACCCAAGUAGUGAGGGGAAGCAUAAAGAAGUUGCAGCGUGAGGAUAAACAACUCUGCCAACCACGCAGGAGGGUCACAACACAUGGUACUCUGCUGAUGGUCUAGGCAGCUCUGUGUAGGCUAAUAUUUUUAGCAAUUUUUUCCCCAGAAUUCAUGCUGCCCAUUCACAAAUGUUAGCUUUUUUACAAAUUCUUAUCACCAUCAAGAGUAUUCGUUAUGACUGACAAAGUUGCACUUCUUGGUGUACAUGAGAAGGUGGAUCUUCUCCAUGUCCAUUUCCAGAAAUAGACAUUUUAGUUGUAAAACAUACUGUAGUUUGGUCAUACUAGUUAAGAUUAGUUUAUUAUCUAGUAAAUAUGGAAAGGUCAUGAGACGAUCAAAUUUGGCAACAGGCAGCACAGCUUCAAUUAGCAGCAUAGUUGCAAUACCUACUCUGGCCACCAUCCUACACAGAGCACCUUUAAAGCCUUCCAUACCUGUGUUCAGCCACGACAAAGCCGGAAUCCUACCUCUAGCCACCUUUUUCCUAGCUCCCUGGCACCUACACUUAGUAAUGAUGGUCAUGGUUAUGACUGUUAACUUUGGUUAUGACUCUGUGUUAACUGGUGUAUGAUUUUUAAUAUAAUGAAUCAUCACAUUGUAAAUGAAGGACCAAAAAAGAACAGCUUUACCGUGCCACUGCCAUCUACAGGUUGAGAUGAUGUAAUGAAAAAUGGCCUCGGAAAACAUAAGCCCCAUUAACGUAGUUUCAUGUUCAUUUGUGCAGUCACAAACAGAUCCACUUGUUCCCGAGCUUCUUAAUACCAUUAACUGUGACCAACACAUUUAAAUAACUUGUGUUUCACACAAUAUUUUACAAAGUUGCCGCUUACGGUUGGUAACCUAUACACGGACCAUUUAUUUAUGUGGCGCCUCAGCUAAACCGGAAAUUGCACCCCUUUUAUGUUGUUAUUACACAGGAACAAGGUGGAUGCUUAGCAUGCACUAAAGUAAUGGAUGAGUGACUGAAUUGAUUAUAAUUGAUAACUAAUUUAUUAUAUUAAUUAUAAUUGAUAACUAAUGAUUAAUUAUGAUGCCUCUUGCUCAAGAUAUUAAUUAACACCUUCCUGCCAUUACAUGGAGAGCAAACAUGUAUUAAUGUUCAUUUUGCCUAAUUAUAAUGUACACAAAUAUACAUUUGGUCCCAUCUUCAAUGCAGGUAAUAUACUCCAGGGGUCCCUUGCCAUCUCUGGUGCUCUCAUAAAGCUUGUAAACAAGUCCUCUCGUUCUUGACUAUUUACUGCACUAACCUCUGUUGCACUAAUUUCCUAACCCCGCUCUAAUGCACUAACUUACUAACGCUACUUGGUGUAGAUGCCUAUUUUUAUGAAUAUUUCCUGUGGACUUUGCAUUUGCUUGUGUUGUAUGCAAUGGAUUAUAUCCUCGUUUGUAAGUCUUUUUGUAUAGCGUCUGCAUACUGUCUGCUAAGGCUAAUGAAGGAAUGGAGGACAAAGUUGGCCUAAAUACCUGGUUGACCAUGAAAUCUUUAAAGAGAAACUCAGUACUUACAGCUAUGUCGAUGACACUCAAAUUUACAUUACUGUCUGUCCUAACUUUAGCCCAAUUGAGUCGUGCUUAUGCCUGGAAAAAACAAUAGCUAGAUGCAAUCAUCAUCUUGCCGUUGAAUAAAGAAAAGUAUAAUAAUCAUUUUUGGAAACAAAGAUCGAAGACUCAGAAGAAACUCAGUGUUUACCCAAAAUACGAAUCACUUUAAAUUAAGGCUUAUGUCAAAAACCUUUGUGUGAUGAUGGGUAUUAGGCUAAUCUUAGUUUCAGUGU